AUGGAACACGAGUCUUUCUUCGAGAAGCAACUCUGGCAGUUCUGGGUUGACCUAAUCAACAACUAUGUAUUACUUUCGACCGAGGUCUUGAUCGAGCGAACUCGGCGUGAAGUGAAACUGUUUAUCAGCACGUUGAUACAAGGACGCCGAAUCGAUUUGCACCCACAAGACGAAGAGGAUAGUAUCGCGGUUGAAUCUAUCUCUAAUCAUGAGGCGUUACGACUCUUUCGCAGGACAGCGCUUCGUCGUUGCUCAACGUAG